AUGAAGAUAGUGAGAUCAAUUGCACACUUCUCUCAGUGUCCUUUGGUCAUACCUGGAGCGGCUGAGCUUCGAGUCCAGGAAAUAUUUGGCACAGGAGUCAGCAUCAAAGAGGAGCUGCAAGAAGGUGUCACCGAUGAGACAUGCCUGGAAAUCAAAGACGAACCCCUUGAUUUUGGGGAUGAAACAAUGAAUGAAGCGAGUGACGCAAAGGUGAUUCAUGAAGCAAAUGCAAAAGAUUCAUGUAACUUGGUUCACUAUUGCCAUGGCAUGUUAAGACUGCCAUUUGUAGCUGAGAACUGUGGGAACCAGUGUUCAGGCGAGAAUGAAAAUAUAUACAAGGAAAGACUUAAAGAAGAUGCACAACUGAAAAUGAAAGCCAGAUUGAAUCAAUUUGUAUGUGAGGUGUGUGGCAAGAAUUUCUCUCAAAAGUCUCACUUAAAUGUUCAUGUCCGAGUCCACACAAAGGAGAAGCCAAAAGUCAUUUAA